UUGGACAGCACCGCUGAUGCUUCCUGUCACUCCAGGGUAAGCCCCGCCCCUGCGCCCAGACUGCAGCCUGUUCGUGGACCUGGACCCGAACCUCAGCCCAAUCCGACGGAUAUCAAUCGGUGACCGAUCGAAUGACUGAUUGAUUUAGUAUUGACUGACUGUUGGCUCCACGUGAACACUUGGGCGGGCAGGAUGUCCCGGCUGUUGGAGGGAAGGAACAAGGACAAGAUGAAAGAAAUGAACGCAAAGAACAAGGAAAAGGAGCGAGUUAAGGAGCGUGAGAAGGAGGCUCGCUCCAACAAAGGUCAUCUGUUCACGUCCCUCACGGUCUCAUCCACCACGUUGUGCUCGGCGUGCAACCGAAGCAUCACCGCCAAAGAGGCCCUCAGCUGCCCUGGUUGUAACGUGACCAUUCACAACCGUUGCCGAGACAGUUUGGCGAGCUGUGCCAAGAUGAAGCAGAAGCAACAGAAGCUGGCGAUAGCCAGAAACAGUUCAGCUCUUCAGAACGUUGCUCUGCGGACAAAAACACCGGCAAUGAAGCAGCGUCCGAGUUCGGCCAUCUACCCGUCAGACAGCCUCCGCCAGUCUCUGCUGGGUUCCCGACGGGUCCGCUCGGGCCUCUCGCUUGCCAAGAGCGUCUCCACCAAUAAUAUCGCAGGCGUGAGCGAGGACCCGGUCGGCCUCAGGAGGAUUCUGUCUCAGUCCACCGAGUCUCUCAACUUUCGAAGCAGGACUUUGUCCAUGGAGUCACUCACUGAUGACGGAGACUGGUGGUGGAGCCCCCUACUGGAGGAGCUGCAGACGGAUGGCCGGAGCGUACAAGCCGACAGUUGGAGUCUGGUGGUGGAGCCCAAAUUCCUGCUGACGCUCCACAAAGACCUGAUUAAACAGCAAGACGUCAUUUACGAGUUGAUUCAGACGGAAUUCAACCACGUCCGCACGCUACGCAUCAUGGAGGGCGUGUAUAGGCGGGGCAUGCUGGAGGAGGUGAUGUUAGAGGCGGGCGUGGUCCAUACCAUCUUCCCGUGCCUGGACCAGCUGCUGGAGCUCCACACCGCCUUCCUGGCCCAACUCGUGGCCCGCAGGAAGCAGGGCACGGCCGAGGGCAGUGACGCCAACUUCAUCAUCCCCAACAUUGGAGAGCUGCUCCUCGCGCAGUUUUCAGGUCAGAGCGCAGACGACAUGAAGAAAGUUUACUCAGAAUUUUGCAGUCGUCACCCGAAAGCUGUGAAACUCUACAAGGAUGUUUUAACUCGUGACAGAAGACUGCAGUAUUUCAUCAGGCGCGCCUGCCGCGGUCCUCUGCUGCGUCGUCACGGCGUUCCGGAAUGCAUCCUGCUGGUCACCCAGAGGAUCACCAAAUACCCUGUUCUCAUUCAGAGAAUCCUAGACAACACCAAAGGCAACGAGGAGGAGGCGCAAGCUCUCGACCGAGCCUUGGUCCUCCUCAAGGACCUGAUCGUCUCGGUGAAUAAGGAGGUUCUGGAGCUGGACCGUAGCAGAAGGCUGCAGGAAGUACAAGCUCGUCUGGACCCCCGGGCUCAAGCGGAGGUGCGUGGUGGAGGUGUGUUCCGAGGAGGGGAGCUUCUGCGAAGAAAGCUCCUUCAUGAAGGAAUGCUCCUUUGGAGAGUCCAAGGCUCCAGGAUGAAAGAUGUGCACGUCCUGUUGAUGUCGGACAUCUUGGUUUUUCUCCAGGAAAAGGACCAGAAGUUCACCUUUGCGUCCUUUGACAAGUCUCCGGUGGUUUCUCUGACCAAGCUCAUUGUCAGAGACAUAGCCAAUCAGGAGCGAGGGAUGUACCUGAUCAGUGACUCCACACCCCCGGAGAUGUAUGAGCUGCAUGCCUCUUCCAAAGAUGACCGACGCACUUGGAUGAACCUCAUACAGCAGGCCUCGCUCAGUUGCCCUUCUAGAGAAGAAUUGCCUCUAAUUGAAACGGAAGACAAAGCUCUACUGCGACGACUUAAAGCGGACAUCUUGCAGAAGGAUCGUGAGGUUUUGGAGCUACUCCAGGAGCGCGUGACUUUGUUUUCGGAGCUGGCCGAGGCGACGGGAAAAAGCGGAGCAGGGGAAGGAGCUCCGGAUUUUGGCUGCGCACCUUCCAGGUCGUCCAACAACAGGAAGCUGUUCCGAGCGGACGUUGCUCACGUGCCUCUCGCCGGCCCGCUGCUCGCAGGCGCCAUCUGUGAAGUGGACAAACUGAGCCAUCUGCUGGCAGGAUGCAGCAUCAUCAAAGCGUCGCUCGCCAACUGCAACCAGGAAUUGAGCAACGGUGAACCUGCGACACUCAACACUUCUCUCGAGCUCAACGCUUCAAAAGACACAAAUGGAAACCAGCUGCAGGAAGCCGUGUUGAAGGAGGAAGUGCGCGAGCGUCUGGUCAGCGUGAGCGCGCAGCUUCACGCUCUUCAGGCUGCUGUCAUUCGCCAGGACUCGGCGGUGGAGCUGUUUGUCCGGACUGGCGCCACCCCCAAGCCCGCCUCAGGACCUCUCCUCAGCCGCUCGAUGUCGUGGGACUUGUGUCUGGACGGCGGCGAGGCGGCGCUGCUGAGACGGCAAGUGGAGCUUCUGCAGGACGAAGUGAAACGGCUGCGGUCUCGAGAGGAGGGGCUUGGCAAGCAGGAGGCGCAGUCGGCUGGCAGGAGGAGGAGCAACGGAGACCUGAGCGACAUUGUUAAGGCAGAGUCGGCGAGGAAGAGGCGGGGGAGUCGAGAGUUGGAAUUCCACCCCCUCGCUCCUUUGGCCACUCACGACCCGCUUGACCAAUUAGACGGCCUUCGGGAAGCCAACGAGGAUGAGCAAGACCAACAGGUCGUGAAGAUUUCUCCUCGAUCUGACAGCCCCAGAGACUUGCAGGACAUCCCAGAGGAGAGCGAGUGUGGAGCUGAACCCAGUUAAUGUCUCACUGUGAUGUCACUGGCAAAUAGAAUAGAGUCAGCACACAAAGACGUCAUUGUCUGCUCCAGAUGGACUUUUCCCAACAAUGCUGUCUAGUAACUUGAAACAGGAAGCACAUAGGAGUGGGUGGGGCUGGUGAUGUGCGUAAAGCUCACUCAGAGACUUGUCUACUACACUAGCCACAAUGCCUUUGGCCAAAAUCCUCAAGACUAUUUAUUUGCCUAGAGUAGAAAAGACUGAAACCUUGCAUCUGAUUUUUAAUGGCUGACGAAAGCAAAGUAGGAAGCUCUUAGCAUGCGAGCGAGAAGGUGAUUUCAAAAAAGAGGGCAGACAUUCGUAUCGGAGACAUUUUGAGGCACUUCCAUUUCAAGGGAAAUCCGGGCUGCUCUUAAUUUGUUAUCGUCCAAUUUUUUCUUUGUAAUCCUCAGGAGAACUCUUUGUUGUUGUUGUGUUUUUUUAUUUUAGAAAAACGUUUAAAGAACAUGUACAUUACUUGUGCUGUAAAUCAAAUAAGCUUGUCAUUACUGCUGCAUGCUCUCUUAUUCUUGAAUAUUUGGGGCAGUGUUUACGAAAUACAAACUACGACAAUAAAGGACUAUACAAUAGUCUAUACAUAUA